AGCAGGGACUGUUGUGGGAGAAAAUAGUUCAUACGUCUGAUUGGCUGUGCGGAAUGCAAACAACGCCCCGUGAAUCUCUAGAAUCUUUUUGAAGGCCGCUAUUGUAUUUGCUCGCAUUAAGCUCAGCACAGCGCACCAACGAGUGGAUUACUUUUGUGAAAGCAGUUAUUAUGGCAACACUAAAUAAAUCAUCGGAGCGGUGGAGUGAUGAGGAUGUGUCGGCGCUUCUGGCGAUUUACUCGGAGGACGCGAAGCGCCGCAUUCAGAAGCUUCUACUGAAUGCAGUUUCCGUGGUUCAGCAAAGUUAGCAGACCUGGCAAAGUCAUGUCGGGACGAAGGUCCUUAACAAUCCUUAAACUGAGAACCCCAGACAACAGGUGACUGCAAUGGAAAAGUUUGUGAAAAAACGCUCCUUCAUUAGUGAAGCCAGAAGUCCACAGAAGAAGAUCAAACUGGAGAGUGAUGAGGGGAUGACGCAGGAUGAGGAAGAUGAGUUUUCUCAUCCUGUUCCCUGGCAGAAAAUAGAGGCAGAAGGACUAGACUGUGAUUAUGCUCUGCUGUUCUCCAAAGAAGAAGCAGACAACCUCUUUAAACAGCUGGAGGAGGAGGGGGUGUACUCAACAGGGGAAGAAGCUAAGGUCCAGGUGUUUGGAAAGGUGUACGAUAUACCAAGAAAACAGGCCACAUAUGGAGAUGCAGGUCUCACCUACACUUAUUCAAGAGUGACACGUUUAGCCAACUCUUGGACUCCAACCUUGGAAUAUAUACGGGAUGCUGUCACUAAAACAACUGGACAAGCGUUCAACUUCGUCUUGGUCAACAGGUACAAAGAUGGCCAGGAUCACAUGGGCGAGCAUCGUGAUGAUGAGAAGGAGCUGGACCCCCUCUGCCCCAUCGCCUCCGUCUCUCUGGGAGCGCCACGAGACUUUAUCUUCCGACACAGAGAUGCUCGGGGGAAACAGAGCCUCAGGCAGAUUGAACCCGUGAAGCUGGAGCUCGCUCACGGGAGCCUCCUCCUCAUGAACUCCCCGACCAACACUUUCUGGUACCACAGCCUGCCUGUCCGCAAGAAGAGUUCCCUGCCUCGCAUCAACCUCACAUUUAGACGCAUCGCACUUGACAGAAAGAAAUGACCAGUAGGGGGAUUAACAACCUGGCCAUUGGUCCAAGAACCUUCUGACUAAGGGACAAUUAAGGCUGAACGGACAAGUCACAUGCUGUUCUUGGCCACAUGGACAAAUAACACUAAGCUAAUAUGGGUUUUUAGCUGAAUCUGAGAGACUAUAAUGACCGCACAAGUGAGGACUGUUUACUUGGACUCUUAAGAAUCAGAAUAUUUUUUACAGUGAACUUAUUUAUGUUAAAAAUGACCCAAACGUCUGACUGACUUGAUUUCAAGCAAUCGUUUCAGUAAUUUUCAUCCAGUUGUAUGGUAAAGCAGCUGGCUAUGUCUCCAAAGAAAGAUAGAAACGUUGCCAGAGCGAUGGAACACUUUCCUUAUUACAAAUUAAAAAAAACGUAUUGAAAGGUGCGUUGUGUGCUGUUCCAAAGAAGAUGCCCACAGUAGUUUUUUUUAAUUAUGGUGGAUGUGUUGUCUGAGAAUGCUUUUGUUCGGACUCAGAUUUGGAUAAAAUGUUUUGAAAGUGCCUGCUGAUCCAUCCCUGGCAGAUGUUGGCAGUUAUCUGUAAAUGAUCAAUCAGAAGAUUAUUUUGUCAGUCAGCAUUUGGCACUGAAAAACACUUGAAAUUAUGCAUUGUAUUUAUUUUUGAGAAAUGUACAUUUCUACAGAGAAAAUAUUUAGUUUGAAACAUUUGGUAACACUUGAAAGUCUUAUAGUGUUUGGGUCAAGGACAGGUCAGUAAGUGUGUGCUGAUCUUCAGCAUCUCUGCUGGCACACAAUCUCUGACAAUGAUAUUAAUAAUUAUCUCUGAAUAUGUAAAAAAUAAAACUCUAAAUUGA